AUGAAGAUAAAGUCAAAUACUUAGAAAAUAAGGCAUCAUGGCUUAAUAAUAAGCUAGAAAAUACUACAAUAAAUUCAGAAGAUUAUAAGACCUUAACAAAACAAAUUCUCAAGAUAACUAAGGAUAUUAAUUAA